UGUAAAUUGUCUGUCAUUGUCAUAAUCAUAAUUUCAAGUUUCAUUGACCCUCUCCUGUAGUUUUCGGUACUUUAUAAAACUUAUUUUCACGUCUGAGCAACAGUGUUUACUUAGAAUUAGAAAAAAUCAAGUAUCUCAUAAUGGGUGUCGAUAUUUUGGGAUUUGCUUACGCUGCUACUGUAGCGGCCGGCGGAAUUAUGGGUUACGCUAAAGCAGGCUCAAUUCCAUCUUUGGGAGCAGGCCUUAUUUUCGGGUCGAUUCUAGGUGUGGGUGCGUACCAACUGAGUCAAGAUCCCUCAAACUAUACUCUGAUGUUGGGCACCACAACUACUCUUGGAGGUCUUAUGGGAUAUAGGUUUUACAACAGUAGAAAGUUCAUGCCAGCUGGUCUAGUAUUUGUAUUAUCCGUGGGAAUGCUGGCAAAAUUGAUAGUCAAAAAUGUUGGAUCAAAAUCAGCCUUUCCUGUUAAGACAGGCUGAAAAGUAGAUACUUUUUAACGUUCCAUUUUAGUUUUAGAACUGUAUAUGUAUAAGAAAACUUCCUCCAAACUCCUUGGAAAAGGAUGUUGUUGAUUUUAUACUCUGUGAACAAUUUUUUUUAUCUGUUAUUUUAAGUUUAUUUCUUAUCUGUUAUGGAUUCAGUAUAUUUGUGGAUUGUUAUUAAUUUAUUUGUUAAAAAAUAUGUAUAAAAUGGUCAUUGGUGUUGGGAAUGUUAUGAAAUUCAUAUGGGGUACAAAUAA